AUGCGAAAGGUUACGGGCGAACUGCCGCGCAGAAAUCAACUCGUCGCCGUCGUACCGUUUAGUGGUGAAUUUUUCGAAAAAUUAAGCGAUGCGGGACGCCUUUUGUCGGAUGUCCACCAUACACUCAGUGUAUCUAGAAAGGAGCUUGCCAUACUAAACUUGAAUAAGGAAUGGAAAGAGACUCUAAUUGAUUCUCCUGUUGAUGAAUGGCUCUUCGGGGAGGAUUUGGAAGAAAGAUUAAAAGCUGCAAAGAGUCUACAGUUUUCAUCCAAGCAAUUGAAAAUAAAGUCCAUCCAGUUAUCAACGGGGAGCCAAACUAGGUGGACGAUAUCGCCAAGAUCCCAGCAAUCAGAAUCCCAGCAAUCCGGGUUCCAGCAAGCAGUACAACUCUCGGUACAAUUGCCAGGGGGAAUAUCCUCGACUGGGUCAAUACAAGAAUACGAAGAAAUACCGCAAGUAUUAGAGUUACCUGUGGACAUAAAAAUCCUGCUAAAGAAAUUAGUCGAAGAAGUUCAAAAUCAACCCGAGGCUGACAACUCUGAAGAACCUCCUCAAAAAAUAAGAGCAAGAUGCCUUUUGUGUGGACGAGCCAAGAAUAGAGUAACAACAAUGAAGUGUGAUUCUUGUAAUAAUUUUGUUUGUAAAGAACACAGCAAAAAAUAUAUAAAAUGUGUUACUUGUUGCAAUGUAAUGCUUGCAGAUGAGUUUUUCGUUUGUUUAGUUUCUAGCUUAUAA